AUGGCUUCUUCUCAAACCGCCGUCGGGUCGUAUUCGAACCCGUUGAAAAAGUUCAAAUUGGUCUUUCUCGGAGAGCAAAGCGUCGGGAAAACAUCGUUGAUCACGCGAUUCAUGUAUGACUCUUUCGACAACACAUACCAGGCAACAAUCGGAAUCGACUUCCUCUCCAAAACUAUGUACCUUGAAGACCGGACAGUGCGAUUGCAAUUGUGGGACACAGCAGGCCAAGAACGGUUCCGUUCUCUUAUCCCUUCAUACAUCCGCGACUCCAGCGUGGCCGUUGUCGUGUACGAUAUCUCCAACGCAAAGUCGUUUCAAAAUACCCGUAAAUGGGUAGACGAUGUUCGAGGCGAGCGAGGAAACGAUGUUAUUAUUGUCCUGGUGGGAAACAAGACAGAUUUGAACGACAAGCGCGAGGUCACCACCGCACAGGGGGAAGAGGAGGCUAAGAAGAACGGUCUGAUGUUCAUCGAGACCAGUGCCAAGGUUGGACACAACGUCAAGCAGCUGUUUAGGAGAAUAGCGCAGGCUCUUCCAGGCAUGGAUAGUGAGGCGCAAAGAGGCGAAAACCAAAUGAUUGAUGUCAAUAUCAACUCGCAACCAAUAAGUAACGACGGCUGCGCCUGCUAA